AUGGCUCCCGCGGGAUCCACGUCUGCAUCUGCACCGGGGCUCCCGCGGGAUCUACGUCUGCAUGCGCACCGGGGCUCCCGCGGGAUCCACGUCUGCACGCGCACCGGGGCUCCCGCGGGAUCUACGUCUGCAUGCGCACCGGGGCUCCCGCGGGAUCCACGUCUGCAUCUGCACUGGGGCUCUCGCGGGAUCCACGUCUGCAUCUGCACCUGCACCGGGGCUCCCGCGGGAUCCACGUCUGAACGCGCACCGGGGCUCCCGCGGGAUCUACGUCUGCAUGCGCACCGGGGCUCCCGCGGGAUCCACGUCUGCAUCUGCACCUGCACCGGGGCUCCCGCGGGAUCCGCGGGAUCCACGUCUGCACGCGCACCGGGGCUCCCGCGGGAACCACAGCACGCGCACGGGGACUAA